CUCAAUUACUCUCGGUUCAUCACCUCUGUGAGUGCAGCAAGAAAAGCAUCUCCAAUAAGACUCCUGACUGAAUUGAUGCAGAAGUCUCCUCCAUCUCUCAUCUCUCUGGCUGGAGGGGCACCAAAUCCUAAUGUUUUUCCAUUUAAAAGGGCAACUGUUACCAUUGAACAUGGGACUCCUGUUGAGAUUGGGGAAGAUCUGAUGAAGAGAGCUCUCCAGUACUCAGCGUCAGCAGGGAUUCCAGAGCUGUUGUCUUGGCUAAAAGAUUUCCAGCGGAACCUGCAUAACCCCCCCACAGCCAAUUACAGUCCCGAGCAAGGACAAAUGGAAGUGUGUGUCACAACUGGCAGCCAGGAAGGCUUGUGUAAAGUUUUUCAUCUGUUCAUUAAUCCUGAAGACAACAUCCUUUUAGAUGCACCCACAUACUCUGGGACACUAGCAGCUCUGAGACCCUUGGGUUGUAAUAUAAUAAAUGUUCCUAGUGACCAACAUGGCAUUAUUCCAAAAGCUUUAAAAGAAAUUCUGUCUACAUGGAGCUCUGAAGAUGUAAAAAAUCGUAGCCACCACCUCCCCAAAUUCCUGUACACUAUUCCAAAUGGGUGCAACCCAACUGGAAACUCUCUGACCACAGAACGCAAGAAGGAGAUUUACCAGCUUGCAAGAAAAUAUGAUUUCCUCAUCAUAGAAGAUGAUCCUUACUACUUUCUUCAGUUUGAAAAGCCAUGGGCUCCAACUUUCCUCUCAAUGGAUGUGGAUGGCCGAGUUAUCAGGACUGACUCUUUCUCUAAAAUUCUCUCAUCAGGGUUAAGAAUAGGUUUUCUGACAGGUCCGAAGCCUCUUAUUGACAGAGUUGUUCUACACAUUCAGGUUUCAACAAUGCACACCAGCACUUUCACACAGAUUUUGAUAUCACAGCUGCUUCAGCAAUGGGGGCAGAAGGGUUUCUUGGAGCAUAUAGACAGAGUGGUGGACUUCUACAGGAUCCAGCGGGAUGCAAUGCUCACUGCUGCUGACAAGUGGUUAAAAGGCUUGGCAGAAUGGUACCCUCCUGCUGCUGGCAUGUUCUUAUGGAUCAAAAUUAAGGGUAUUUCUGAUACACAGCAGCUGAUCAUGGAAAAAGCUUUGCAGAAAGAAGUAUUACUGGUUCCUGGAGGAGCAUUCAAUAUUGAUAGUUCAGAGCCUAGUUCUUAUGUCAGAGCCUCCUUCUCUCUGUCUUCUCCUGCCCAAAUGGAUCUGGCCUUCAAGAGACUGGCUGACCUUAUAAAAGAAUCUUUGUGA